AGGAGGACCUGUACUUCUGCAACCUAAGCUUUCGAGAGGAGCAUUUCAGCUGCACAUUUUCCUUAAGGAUAAGGACUCGUCAUACAACUACAGCACGUUAUUAAAACAAACUGCCCUAGUUCUAACCCUGCUCUUACACAAAUCAAAACGCAGAGGAGCUUAAAGGUGUGCCCUUAAAACAGGCUGCGUACGGAGCUCACCGACGGGCUCGCGCUACCGAGCUGCUACGGCACGGCGGGGAAAACACCGGGCGAGGUCUGCUAAAAUAACUCUGAAACCUUCGCACUCGCAAAGGAUGCGGCUCUAAGAGAAACAGCCGCCCGGACGACGGACGCCAGACAGGCAGGGCCGGCUCCAUCCGUCCCCGCACGAGUGGAAUGCAGCGAGCAAACCCACCGGUCCUUAACGCCGCUGCGACAGCUCCUGCGCUCGUCCCGCUGCCCGCGUACGAGAGAGCGCAGUAAAGAGGGACGCCUGAGUUCCUCCCCCAGAGCAGCUGCCAGCGGUGGGGUCCGCACCGCAAAGCGAGAAGCUCGGCGGUCCGUGCAAGAGCCCUUCGGCAGCCCCAGGGAAAGGAGAGAGCGGCGGACACCGCGCAGCGCGGACGCAGAGCGGCCUCGGUCACCUCGUCGCUCCGGGCCGCUCACCGGGAGCCGCCGGCCGAGCCAGUCCCCCCGCAGCGCCUGCAGCCGCGGAGCCGGAGCGCGGCCCCACCCCUGCUAGCGGCCGCGCAGCGGGUCGAGCGCGAGGCCCUGACCUCCCGGUCCCGUGUCCCCGCCGGCGGGCGGCCGCGGCGGCACUGUCCCGACGAGACCACUCAGGCGGUGCUCACCGCUUCCGCAUCCGGGGCCGGCGGCCCGGCAGGCGCGCGUCACGGACCGCCAACCCCCGAGCCGGGCGGGAAGGAGCGGGCCGGGCCGGCGGGGCGGAGCCACAGCAACUGCCGCCGGGGCCGGGUGUGCGGGGAGAGGGAGCGGGCGGGCGGCGGGCCCGGAUGAGGAAGUGAUGUGACCGAGCAGGGGGCGGGCGGCGCGGCUCGACGGUGCGGGCAGGAGCGGGGCCGGCGGCCGCUGCCGCUAAGGUAACGGGAGCGGAGCGCUGCCGUCGUCGGGCUGCGGACCCGGGGGGAGUGUGUGGGAUGUGUGCCUCUCCGGACCGGGGCCGCCUCUUGCCGCCGGCCGGGAGUGGGCAGCGGUGGACCCGGCGACUCGCAGGCGAGUGUCUGCCGGGGGCCCUGCUCUGCGCGGGCGCAGCGGGGGCUGUGCGGGGCCGAGCUGCUCCCUGCCGGCACCGGGGAGAGCACCGGUGGCUGCAUAAUUACCGAAAGCAGCGGCGUCCUCCGGUGCUCUGCCUCUGGGUGGGUGUAGAACUCCGGGGACAGGCGUAGCAGGUUCCGCCUCAGGUCGGGCCGCUGCCGUCCGGCGCCGGAGCGGGGGCUUCCACCUCGGAAGAAGGAUCCGGGGCUGAGUCUGUCCACGCUGCAGCCGCUCGUCGGACAAAGGAGCGGUGCCGGCUCUGCCCGCAGCCGGGGCUCCCCAUCGGGGCUCCGGUUAGCGAGUACUGCCGGGAAGGGGAUCGUUCCCAAAGACAGCUGUCCUCGAGUGUCCCCCAAGGCUGGCGCAGGUGUAGCCUGCUUCAGUACAGGCUGGUUUGCUUAGGGAGCAGCGAGCCAGCGCCCCAUUACUGACCCAGUGAUCUUGUUAACCGGGUAACCGAUGAGUCCUGUGGGUACGCAAGCCUUCGGGAGCGGUCGGGCCGUAGCCUUUGCAUGUCGGGGAUCUGUUACCCCCGCAGCACUUGUGUCAGACCAGCCGCAACCGCUGCGCUCUCUAGGGUGAUGUGCGCUGCUGAGUGCUCUCGCUGCGAAGUGGGUGCUGGGGACCAGUGUCUUGCUGGGCUGGCCAGGGCCCUGACACCAGAGGCAGGGCUGUGUGGCAGAGUAUUGCUGGCACCGCACAUCCCACGUACAGCCUGUCGGGUGCUUACGUGAGAGGAGCUGCCAGGCACCGCGUGUGAUGGAUGAUGUCACAGGAGGGGGUGCUUCAAGGCAGAAACAUCUGAGGGAAGUUGUUUUUCUGUCCAGAGAAAAAAUGUAGAGAUGUAAGAAAAUUUCAGGAUCUCUUUUCCAGUGUUGCAGAAGAUGAGGUUGUGUCUGCAAGGAGAUGUUUGAAUGGACGAGAGCCUUGGGGAUCUCCCUUUGUCCGUGCUCCCCUCUCUUGGUAGUGAAGCGUUUGCUUACAUGCUCAAACGUUUCUCAUCUCUUUGGAAGGGUGAACUGUGGAAAGCUUAUGCCAACCAAUCUUCAGCUGCCCUGAUGCUAUUAUCUGGGGUGGAACCUCUCCUCGAUUCUUCCAUGUCUGCUGUGAUAGGGGAGCGGUGCACUGGGCUGCCAGAGAGCACCUCCACGGAACCCAUGGCUGUUGCAGAGUCUGAUGUUGGCCUAGAUGCAAAGCCUGGAGGAUCCACGCGUGUGCUAGGACACAGCGACAGUCUGUCAGCGGAGCAUCGCAGCGCCUCUGCAGCAGAGAGCUUUCGCCAGAAGACAGAGGAUUUGGGGGAUAUGCUCAAGGCGAUUUCUCAUGAGCCAGCAGAGUCCCUUCCUGAGGAGAACCCUGACUCACAGCAGCAGGAGGUGAAGCCUUGGGCAAUGUGUGGCACUGGGACCGUGGGCUCUCCGAGGAGCACAGAAGGAAAUCAAGCAAGUGUUCAGGUGACAGCUGAAGCUCUGCCAAAGCUCACUGAAGAAGAACAAGGUAUGAAGGCUGAUGGGACUAGCAUAGUUAGUAAAGCAGGCUGCAGGAAGGACAGAGUGAGGAAAGGUCUUCUACCCGAGAGCAGUGAAUGCCCAGGCACAGCCACAGCCAGAGCCGAGCUUUCAGAAACCAACACAUUAGAUUUUCUGGAGCCUUUAGAGCACACAGACAUUGAAUCAGCCACAGAGCAUCCACAAGAAGCAAGUGAAUGUAGUGGGUUGAGAGCCCAUGCUGCCAUGCCACCGACAGCAGGGGGUGAGACUGUACCUGUUCUGGAGACUAGAGAGGAAAAGCUACCCAAACGAAAUCCUGGGAGUGAAUUUAGUGCAUCACGUGCUAAUUGCCAGACUCAUCAGCAGGAUGAAGAAAGCAGUGCUCCCGAAGAACCUCCUAGGUUGUCAUCACUAGAAAGCUGUAGAACACUCUCCACAAAACCUUCUGAGGUUCUGUGUUCCGUUCUGAAAGGCUUCUGUUAUCUGGACUUCAGAAAUAGGCCACUAGAAAACCAAAGUACUGCAGUCUGUGGAACUGUCACUGAAGCCUCCAGAAAGGACCUUCCCAAGCCCAUGGAAAGCCAGGCUCCCUAUCAUCAUGGAACUGAGUCUGUAGGAAAUCAAACUUCCACAUCCAAACCAGCAGAGCAGAUCUCAGUGGUAAGGAGCAAAGUAUUAUCUAGUGCUAAAAAUGAUCCAGUUCUUAGUUCUGCUACUGUACCUCCUGUGGAAUUCUCAAAAGGAACAUUUACAAUGGUCCCAUCAGAAGGUUCUAAACUGAAAAAGGACCAAUGGCAGUUCUCUGCCAGUGAUCUCUGCAGGGAUGACACAGAAGCAAACAGGCUGUUGGAAGCAAGCAGCGUUGCCUGCCCUGGAGCUGAGCAGACAGACACCUGCUUUUGUAAUGCUUCCAGUGAAAUUCCUCCUAGUAGCCACAGCUGGCUGGAUCUUGGUACCAAGCCAGAAAAAGAUUCACCUGAAGCACAACUGUUUCAAAAGGAAUCUCAAAGUAAUACAACACCAGAGAAGCUGGCUGCCAGUCCAGAUGAAGCUACAGAGGCUGUUAGUGAUGCCAGUUUGUGUGCUGGCAAAGACACUGAUCUGAUUUAUACACUAAAUGUAACUCAACCUCUUGUAGCACAAAAAUCAAGAGAACCUCAUUGUGAGGAGAGUCCUUCUUGUAUUGCUAGUGAAUUUUCAAGCAGGGACAAGGCUCAGGGUAAUGUACCUGGCAAAGACUCAGUUGGUGCUUCUGAAGCAACAGGGGAACAAGUCCCUGAAGCCAUGCUUCAUAAUGACCAAUUCAAGUCUUCAGGAAGUUCCAGGACUUUUUGUAACCCCACUAGGACAAACAGAAGUUUCCAAAAGAACACAAAGCUUUCAGCAGGGAAAACAGAGCCUGUGGUCACUGCUCCAGAGAAGGAACAGGCUGCCACAUGGAGCUGUCAGAAGUGGAGUACGAGAGAGCAGCAUGCAGCUGCUGGUGCUUCCUGUGUGUUAGCAGGGAGCACGUGUCUGGGUGAUGUUCUGCUGAGCAGUCCCUGUUCUAAUGCUGAGGCUGAUAAGAACAUUGAGGAAAAUGCUAAUUUGGAAGGAGGAUAUCACAGCAAGAAGGCAAUCACCCUUCCAGCAGCACGCUUCUCUUGGGCACUUGGAUCUCUUCCUGCUGAAGAUGCCUGCAGCAGCAGAGGUACACAGCUGCAUGGGCUAAAGAACACUUCUACAGCAAAAUCCAUGUCUUGCUUAGCUUGUCCUGCAGAGGAGCCUCUUGCUACCUUGGUAGAAGAGUUUUCAAGUAAGAGUAUAGAGGCUGUGAAAAGAUUUGAUCUUGGCCGAGUAACAGACAGCAGUGAAAUUAUUUGUGAUCAUUUUGGGCUUUGCAACUCUGCAUUAGGCCCAAAGGACAGUGAGCUGGGCAUGGCUGAGAAGGGGAAAGUGGCAUCACUCCCAGCUACCCACCCCGAGUGGAGUGCUUCAGUCUCCAGCACCAGUGUUCAAACAAUGGAAAAUCCACAUCUUGCACCUGGGAGGGGCUUUGGUGGCAGCAAGCAACAUUUGGAGAGUUUCAAUAAACCACAAACCGUGGCUACUUCUGCAGAAGGACACAAACUAUCCAUCUGCUCUGGGCAAAGGGAAGAGAUACUGUUGAAAACAAGAGAUGACCUCCCUCACUUGGGUCAGCAAUGUGCAAGAGAAGACAGUUUGCAGGGACUCCUGACAGUGAAGGCAGUGGAGUUGGACCCGUCAAAGGGUGUGAGAAGCAAGGAUUGUGUGGGGUAUGUGGGCUUUGGCAGUCACUUAACUGAAGAGAAGACAAUCAAACUAAAGGAGCAGAACAAGUGUGAAAGAGAAGGUAAAGGAGCUCUGGAAAGAAACUUCUCUGAUAACAAGCCACAGUGCUCACAGCAGUGUCCCAGAGGGCGAGCAGAGCUGGUGCUGGCAGGAGAUGAACUGCAGCUCCCUUUGUCAGAGCAGAAGCUGGGGAAGGAGCAGGGGAAGGUAGGGUGUGCCUCAUUGCUCUGCUCAUCAGCCCGGCAGAGUCUGUCCUGUAAGCCAGAAAACAGCCAAGUGUGCUCAGAGACACAGAACCAAAACCCUCUGAGAACAAAACCUACCUUAAGUAACUAUUGCCUGCAGUUAACACUUGAGCCUGGUACAGAAAGUGAUGCUCAACAGGGUACUGAUCCACCCCACCCUGGAAGCCAGGAAUCUUUUACCGAGGCUGGGGUGGGUUCAGAAAGCCUCCCAGCUCUGAGCUGCGAAGCCUCUGUGACAGAGAAAGAAAAGCUGUGUGUAAAAGCAGUGCAAACACAGACACAGAACUGUGGUUCAGCUUCAGCCAGAGGUUUUAGUGAAGAUUCUUCAGUGACAAAACCUCUUUCUGUGACCACGUCUGUUAGGAGAAAAGCCAGCACUGCAGAGAUGCCACCUGCAGGCAGUGACGUGGCCGCUGGCUUUCUGAAUGGCGCAAAAAGCUCCAGAGUUUGUGCGCACAACAAAGAGAGCCUAAGAGAAGAGGGGCACGGCGUGGCAGCUGCGAGAGACAGGAGGGGGGCCUCACAGAAAAGAACUCGCCACGGGGAGAAAUUUAGGAGCACCUGUGUGGAAGAGCAGAUGUGGAGAGAAGUAGCCCCCAGAAAAACAUUGCCCACAGAUUCUUUUCUUGGUGGAGGAGAGAGUCUAAGAGUCGCGUUAGAAGAUUCAAACGAGUCUGGUAGCAAAGUAGUCCCUCUCAGUACUGAGAAUUGUGGAAAGGCGUUGGAUGAAAUCCCAAGACCUAACUUAAGUAAUCUUUCCAAAGAAGAAAACAAGGAUACAAGGCUCACAGGCUUAGCAGGCGCCAGCCUGCUUUCAGAAGCUGUGCAGGCUGCUCACACUCAAAAUGCAGCUGAUGCAGAGACUUCCCCAGGGCUGCAGCACAAGCCUGCGCCCACACUCUCCCCAGGAAAGAGUAUGCGACCAGGCAGCUGCAAAGAGUCACCCUCCAGCUGCGUGGGUGGCAGUAAAGUCUGUGUGCCUUACACACUGCAUGCACAGAGCAGAGAUCAUCUGAAGGCCAGGCCAGGAGGCCAGGCCACCAAACCGAGGCAUUCUGUUUGCAAGGAGCAUAAGGCUUUGGGGUCAAAGAGGCUUGACCAAGCAGAGCAGUGCCAGGUACUCAAGAGAAAGAAGCAGCGUGCAAAGGUGGAAGUGCAUCUGCCAGCCAAGGCACAGCAGAAGUCAGGGUACCAAGAGAAAGCCAAAAUCACACUGCAGCCCUGUCUGUUGCACAGUUCUGAGCUGUUGUGCAGCUUGUCAAAGGAGCUGGUGAUAUCAAGAAAUGGAAAGCUCAGUGGCACUCCAGAGGAGACUCUGGCUGUUAGAACCAGUAAAAAUAAACCAUGCAGCACUUUACAGGAAGUCAAAAGGCCAAAGAUUACCACAGAUGUUAUUAGUUCACAGAUUGUGAAGACUCAGGAUUCAGAAGCAGAAAACCUGAACCUUAAUUUAGGGUAUGAUGGAAUCCCUGGUGCCUUUAGAACCACAAAUGAAAUAAGAGGACCUCUUCCACUGAAAAUACAGCCUGGAAGGACGUGCAAAAAGGUUCCCACAUUAUGCCAGCCAAAAACCAUCAGAAAACCCAACAAAAUGAGAAGUUCACCUUUCUUUGAGGCUCCCCUAGAAGUCCUCCCUCAGCAAGACAAGACUCUUCCCAAAUCUCUGUGCUUGCCAUGUAAAGCAGUGGCAACGGAAGCGGAAGCAGCCCUGAGGUUCAUGUGUGUGCCUGGGCAGAGGGCCAGCAGGCGCAGCUUGUUUAACAGCUUGAAGCUUAGGAAAUGUACCAAAGAGCCAGCGCUGCUGAGCAGGCUGUCUGCCAUGGCCAGCAAGCUGCUGGCACCUGCUGAGGGCACCCAUGGCUUGGAAGCUCUGCCGUACUCUUCUGAAAUUCUCCCGGUGGCCAAGCGGUGCAGCCAGCGGAGGUCAAAGAACCUACUGGAUGCCUUUUCCUGCAUUAACAGGAGCUUACACUCACGCUGGGCUGACAGUUGGUGCACCAAGAUGUUCAGCUUCCAGCCUUUGGCACUUUAUUCUCCAGAAUCUACCAAAAUACUCUUUUCAGACUUGAGCCACAAGCCUCCAGGCUCCUUUUUCGAUUCCCCGGGUUUCCCAGUGUCUUUUCACAUAAAACUGGACUCCAGUCCUGUGACAGACCUCCCAGGGAUCACAUCCCAGCACUCUGUGCAUCACAGAUCAGUCUUGGGGCAAAUGGCAGCAACGCCUUCUGAGUGGACUUUCUCUUUUCUCCUGUCUCAGAGCUGUUCACGUUCAACAGCUCUGGAGGAAGGUUCCAGUCUGAGCUCCAAGCUGCAUUCCUCUCACUCCAUAACGACCCCCAGGGCUCCUGCCCUUCAUCCUGACCGUGGAAGAAACACCACAGCUGAAAGAAGAGGAGGUUCCUCCCUGCUUGGUCUUCACACAGUGCUGGCACUUUCUUCCCCUGGGUGUUACAGGAUUUGGACCCGAAGAAGAAAUUUAACCAGUCACAUUCCUACCAUCCAGAGACUCUUCAUAUCCCAAUUCGCACAGGGUCUGAAGGGCGCCCGGCACCCACCCUCUGUGGCAGAUGUCCUCAUCUCUUCACUGCCAUACUCGCUGGGCAGGGCUCUCUCCGUGUGGAGCCAGCACGGUCCCUCUGCCUAUCCCUCCGAAAUCACUCCUCUCCAUUCCAGUCCCAGCAAGUGGCAGCCAGGUGUGGGCUUCGACAACAGCUGUGCCAUGUUACCACACCUACCUGUACAGAGCCUGGAAGCACUGCAGACUGUGGGUCGGGACAUACGCCUGGAGGCCUCAUUCCCUCUUCCAUUACCAAAGUCUUGCCCACUUCCAGACCCACUGCUGUGCCCCGCCAGGCUUUCAGCAAAUGAGCUCCAGGUGCAUGCCCUUGAUGAUGCUGAUGCGUCCCUCCCAGCCUGUCUUGGAUCUCAAGAUAACACAGAACUGAAAAAAACUGAGCCAGAAAAGAGGCCAAAGAAAGUCUCACAGAUCCGCAUCAGGAAAACUGUUCCUAAGCCAGACCCCAACCUUACUCCAAUGGGACUGCCCAAACCAAAAAGGCUUAAGAAGAAAGAAUUUAGUUUGGAAGAGAUUUACACAAACAAGAACUAUAAGUCCCCCCCUCCAGCCAGGAGCUUGGAAACCAUCUUUGAGGAGCCCAAAGAGAAGAAUGGGCACUUUGUCUCUGUCAGCCAGCAGAAGAGAAAGCGGAUUCUAGAGUUCCAGGACUUCACUCUUCCCCGGAAGAGGAGGGCACGAGCCAAAAUCAAGGCAGUGGGCAGCUUCACCCGGGCAAAGAGAGCUGCACUGCAGAGCGCAGAGCUCGAUGCUCUUUUGAGUCAGAAGCUAAUGGACCUGGAAGCCUUUUUUGCAGAGGAGGCUGAACAGGAGCAGGCCUCUGGUGUCUGAGGGAACUGUUUCACUGAAAACAGUCCAGUCAGCUCCUUUAGUGUCAUAGUCCUGCUGGGGGAAAUCUGCUGACUUCCUCUCGCACUACUCUGCCACCCUGGCUUGGCACCCCACGAUCUGGCUCUGGCUGUGGCCCUCUUUAAGGUGCUAUUCUACCCUAGUUUUUAAAUGCUACUGGAGGGAUUCUUCUAGGUUCCUGUUGGAGUGGAACACAGCCAUGUACCACUGACCAGUCCUUCCCCAACCUGGCAAUGACUGCCAGUGUUUGGUGAUUGCUAAACAGCUCUCAGGGGUAGAGUAGGUGUGCUGAGGAGGAAGCAGUGCAGCAUCAGUCCCUACAGCCCUGUACUCCAGGUCCUUUGCACACUCAAGUCUGCUGUGGUACUGUAAUGGCUGUUUGGAGCAACUUGAGAGAAGGGAAGUGGGGUUUGGUAAGGAGAAACUCCAGCAAGCACAUUCUUGAUAUGCCACUAACUUGUGAUAAUUAAAGGUAGCUUUCAAUUGGUUCUUCCUUCUCUUUACUUAGGAGGUUCCUCCAGAGCUUCUGUGCCCUUCCUGGCUUCAGACAGCAGAAGUCCUAUAUAACCAGACUUUAAAACACUUGCACUUUGUAUAUGUUCCUUAUUUGCUGCAUGAGGAUACCUUUUAACAUGACUGAGCUCGAAAAAAGGUCAUAUUUUAAGAAAAUAGGGUGCCCAGUACUGAGUUUUCCCAAGAUGCAGAGUUUGUACCCAUUUGGCUGAUGCCAGCCUCUUCUCUAGAGGCAAAGAUAAUUAGCCCGUGAGGAUAUGAAGCUGCAGGAUGUGCAAGCAGAGGAUUUUGUUUAACUGAGCUGAGCUCCUGCACAGAGGGGCCACCAGCAAAAUCUAAGGUUUUUUUAAUUGCAUUAAAAGUACCAACUUGAUUUUAAUGCCAAGAAGAAAAUAUUUUUCCCACCUUGGCUCAGAAGUGGCUAUUCUCUGUACAGCAGUGCUGCACACAACAGCUGGUGCUGUGCCGAGAGCUUCCUAGCAGGUGAAAAUCUUUUUGUGUUUUCCAUUAUGCAGGCCUGUCUGUAGUUAGCUGAUGCAGCACUGGGCAGGCUCUCAGCUGUAGCUUCUGAGGGCACAGAGCUCCCUCCUUGGGUAAGUUGUGUUAAAGGUACUUGAAGCAUAGUUCCAAAUAAAUGCUAGCUGCAGUUCAGGUCAUUCCUGUCCUUUAGUGCCUAUGGAAUUGAUUCAGGCCAAGCUGUCCUUGCUGGGAUGCUCAGACUGGAGUGCUCUGCUCUUUCCUUCACUGGUCACUUAAAACUUGCACUUUCUUAUUUACCUACCCACGUGAUACAGUUUCUGUUGCCUUAGAAGCUGAGGCAAUAUGUAGUGGGUGGGUAUUUUUAGUAAGUCUCAGUAAAUGCAAGGCUGAAAAUACCCUCUGUAUCUUCUGUUGCUCUGCCACUUCUGCUACUGACCAAACAGAAAACAGAACAAUCAAUCUGUGGACUUUCAGAGCUAUGAAAGCAGAGGAAUGGCAGAAAACAACGACACUGUGCCUGAGUCCUGAAGGAAAUGUGAGCUAGGCUUGGCUUGCUCCCAGCUUUCAUGCUGGGAUCCCUAGAAGUUUACGCUCUUGUCUCAGAGGCUGAUUGUCUUGAAUCAGGAACACUGAAGAAAAGGGAGGGUUGUGUGCUUAGAGUAGUGGUGCUUGAGUCUUGAGGGCAAACAAGGCAGCCAAGCUUUGAGCAUACUGACAAACUCAGCAGCAAGGUCUGGUUAACCUGUGGGGGCUGCUGUAGAAGAUUUUAACUGAUCCUCUAUUUUUAUAAAAAGUUAUCUCUAAAAAUAAAGGUCUGCUGCCUUCUUAAAACAUUUUCAGACUUCCCCUGUGCUGGGUUAUUGGCUGGUUGGAAGCUGUAGCAAGAGAGAGAUAUUUUUACGGGUUUCUGCCAUAGGUUGGAGUUGCCACACAGCAUUCAUUCAUCUUCUGUUAGUAUGGGAGGCUUCUAGUGCUGUCACAACUGAGCUGUGACCUUACUGGGGCUUUUGGGGACACACAGAUUCAGGUGGGGAGGGAAGAAACUGGGAGUCCAGGCAAAGUUCAGACCUCUGAUGUGCUUCAAAACAUGGAAUAUGUUGUUUUUUUCUUUGGGGCUGGGGGUUUAUUUGUUGAUUGUUUGGAUUUUUGUUGCUGUGCUUCCUUGCUGUGUCUUGUUUCUGAUUGCUUUGAAAUAACAUUUCUUAGCUUUAUUUUUAACAGGGUCAGCAGUGCAAAGCCAAGAAAAAUUAGUGGAGUUGCAAAAUGCUGAUGCAGUUGCCUAGUUUGUCCCAGACCCUAGCUUGUGGAAACCCAGGUACACAGCAUUGCUCUGUUUUGGUUUAGUAUUUGUAUGAUGGGAGAGAUGUAAUUGAGAGAAAGCUUCUCCUGCCCCUCUCCAGCAUACAUACAUCAGUCACCUUGUGCACUCUUUUCCUCUCUCAUCUAUGUUGCUCUUUACAGCACUUGUGAAGCAGCCUUGCUCCUUGUGGCUGCUGCUUGCACACAAGCAGAAGCGAAGGCUUGGCCAUUCUGAGCUGCUCUGGCCCCAGAGCACCGAAAGACAAGGAGGGGCGCAUCUUUAGGUCAGCCUUAGCUGAAGGAAGUGUACACUUGCCCUUCCAUAAAAUGAACCCACUGCAGAAGGAUUUUUUCCCGUGAUCAUGACAAGACACUGCACAUACUUCUCACAGAGCAAUGUUUGGAACAACUUGAGAAGAAUUGCAAAGCUUUAGUCAUGUACUGUCUUGUAGUGUUCUGGAACCAGACAAGUGAAAGAUCACUUUGCAAACAAACAACAGCUUCUUAGUUUCACCAUGCUGGAGCAGCCACAACUGCCUAAUGGGUGUCACAGCAUUUGCCUGGCUGGCCUGCAUAGGUCUGAGUUGUGCUGCUUGCUGGGUCUGAAUUUCUGCAAGCAGUGCUCCUUGGCUGUGUGUGAUUCGAGGUGGGCCUUUGCUGUAUCAUGUUCCAGGUGCUUUUCUAGAGUUAUGGAUGGUAACUGGAAUGAAAGUCUGUAGGGUGCCGUCAAGCUAGCGGAUAGCUCCUUGGGAAGGCGUAUGCUCCUGCUCUUGGCAUUUCAUUUCUCCUCAAUAUUGUGUGACUAAAAAUUUACUGUUUCCUUUGUCUGUGGUUUUAAUUUAUGGAAAUAAAUUUCUCUUAAAAACCCA